CGGCACACAGUUCAAACAACACUGAAGCAAAGGAAGAGAAAAAUAUUAUUUUUUUAUUAAAAAACAGUGCUAAACGAAUUAAUUAAACUAGUAAUUGGGCAGUUAAGGAACCGUUGAAGACAGUAAUAAUGGAUGACUAUUACGAAUCAGACUUUAAGAGACGUGGUGGAAAUGAUGAGGAAGAUGAAUCAAAUUUGGAAGGCUUAAAGAAUUAUGACUAUAUUAAAGAGCUGAUUAAGGAGAGAAGUCAAUUGGAUAGUGAAUCUCAUGCAUCUAGACUACUUGAUCAAGAAAUCCAAAAUGCAAAAGCUAGCGGCAAACCGUUCAGAGAUCAACGAUAUGUCGAUGUUUAUCGCGAGAAACAAAUUCGUUUGGUUGUAAAAGUUAUAGUGCCAGUUAAGGAUCAUCCAAAAUUUAAUUUUGUUGGUAAAUUACUCGGUCCAAAAGGAAAUUCUAUGAGAAGACUACAGGAAGAGACCCUUUGUAAAAUGGCAAUUCUAGGACGCGGUUCAAUGAAGGACAAAAAGAAGGAAGAGGAACUAAGACAAGCAGCAGAUCCAAAAUAUGCUCAUCUAAAUGACGAUCUGCAUGUUGAAAUAUCAGCAAUUGGACCUCCAUCAGAAUGCUACGCAAGAAUUGCAUACGCACUAGCAGAAGUCCGUAAAUAUUUGAUUCCAGAUUCAAACGACACAAUAAGACAGGAGCAAUUAAGAGAGAUUAUGGAAGGUGGAUUAGGCGAGGCAGCAAUUGCAAAAAUCAAACAGAAAGCGCAAUACAAAAAUCAUGUUUCAACGAGCGAACGACCAAUGUCAUCGAGGACGCCAACAGUAGUUCCACCCAAGACGAAGAUCCUGUCAAUCCUCGAUCGUGCCAGUUCGCCUGUAUACCACAGAAUUGCGAUGGAAGAAAGUUAUAAAACUUCAGAACCAUCCGCAUAUCACGAACAUCAUCCAUAUGAAGAGACAUAUGAAGCACAUCAUCACCACCCAUACCCUUAUGACAGUCACGCAGUUCACAGGCCACCAUCAUACCGUUACGAGUCCGUUCCCGCACCAGAAUAUCAGUAUCACCAUCCACGAGAACCGACAUACGCGCCAGUGAAAUCGCGAUCAUCGUGGAAAGAAAGCGUCCGUGAAAGGCAUGGGCACAGUAGUGUUUCUCAUUCGCACAGAAGUGAACAUUCUGAAAGAUCAUUAUCAUCACGUUAUCGUCACGAACCGUACGCACGAAUUGAGAAAUGAGAAAGAAGACAUUUAAAGAAGUAAGUGAAUAACUGGAUGCAAUCAGAAAGAAAAUAAAAAUAUAUAAAAACGUCUAAGGAUCGAACUGGUGGAUGAUUUAUAAAAGUUAUAAGCUCACAAUUUAAUUCAGUACACUACAAAGUGUUUAAUAAUUAAUGUUUCUAAACGAAAAAUAACUGAUGGAAGAUGAUGGUGUAAUAAAAUUCUAUAUAUUGCAUACAUGCAGAAUGUGAAAGUGAUUAAAGAUUCGUGAAAUUGUUUGGGUGUCCUUAAAGCCUUACAAAUUAUUAUUAUUUUAGGAUUUGUAUGGUUUCAAUAUGUUAAAAAGUCAUAGAAUUGUUUUUACUGUUCUAGAACUUUA